GCGGACGUUUUCGGCAUGGGCGAAUGUGGCAUUCGAAUAAGUACAGGAACCCGUUCAUCACCCGCUUGGACCGCCCAAACUGCCCAAGGCCCUUGUCUAGUCGCGACCUAUCACCAUGGCGCCGAGUGAUAACAAGUUUCGAGUGGCUAUCUGCGGAGGUGGCAUAGGCGGGCUUGUACUGGCAAUUGCGAUAGGCAAGUACUCCGACACCCCGAUAGACAUAUACGAGGCGCAGCCUAGUAUCGCUACCGCCGGAGCGGGAUUCUCGCUAUGGAAGCGCUCGAUGGAGGUCAUGAAGGAGCUGGGGCUGUGGGAUGACAUUGCGAAGGUGUCGACAAAACCGCCGGAUAAACCGCAUGGCCCUAUCUUUCGGGUUUCCGACGAUCCAAACGGAGGGUACGAAUGGUUCAAGUAUACAAUGUCUUACGGACCCUCGAGCAUGCAUAGGUGGGACAUGAUGGACCUUCUUCAGCGACAUCUCCCAUCUACCUGCACAGUCCACUUGUCUAAACGGCUUAGGACGUUCAAUGCGACCACUCCCGGCGACAUCAGACUGCACUUUGAAGACGGGAGCGUGGCUUCUACGGACGUCCUGUUCGGUGCUGAUGGCAUUCGCUCUUCGACCCGUCGAGCCAUGUACGAGGCAGCCGCAAGGCAGAGGCAUCCCUUGGUGGACGCCGUCAAUGUGGGAGAGUAUGCUGAUGCGAGGUGGUCGGGCUAUCGGAUCUAUCGGUACUUGGUUCCUUCAGAAACGCUGCUUGAGAAGUAUCCCGGCCAUCCUGCAGCUAGGGAUUUCCAAAUGCUAUGUGGACAGGGAAAGCACGUCGUUUCUUACCCUGUGAACAACGGAGCGAAUAUCAAUGUUGCAAGCUUCGUCUACGACCCUGAUAGCAUUGACAAGCCUUUCGAGGGCCGCUGGGUUGAGAUUGCUCUCAAGCAAGAGCUCCUGGAUAGCUUUGAAAACUUUGAGCCUGAGGUCAGACAAGUUCUCGAGCUCUGCGAAAGCCCCAACAGAUGGGCGCUUCACGUCGUCAAAGACCUUCCAACUGUAGCCUUCGGCAAUGUCGCGAUCAUUGGUGACGCGGCGCAUGGUAUGGCACCCCACACAGGAGCUGGAGCUGGUCAGGCUAUCGAAGACGCGUACAUCCUCGGACGACUACUUGCACAUAAGCAAGUAACGCUUGAACGGGUACCGAUCGCUCUCAAGGUGUACGACGAAGUACGACGGAUAUCAGCCCAGAAGAUCGGGCAGUACAGCUCCGACAACGGUUUCCUCUACGAGUUCAUUCAUCCAAGUCAGCUCGGAAGGCCGCGGACGACAGAGAUGAUGCAGGAGUGGAAGGAGAUCAUAGUCGAGCUUUGGGAGAGAUCAAUUCAGAGUGGGGCGCUGAAGACUUGGUACGAGGCGGAGAUGAAGCUGCAAGAGCUGCUCGCCCUCGAUAGAGACAUGCAGGGAAAUGUUCUCCCGCGCCUGUGACCCUGAGACGUGUGUGUCUUAUUAUGCAUUCUAGAUAUCUACAGAAGUGCUACUGCCGUCUGCUCAAUAUAUCGAUAUGCUCU